UCGUUCCACCCUGAUUGGAUAACCACUUACACAAGUGCUUGCGUAAAGCCACAACAUCGAAAUUGUAUAAGGCAAUUUACACAACGAUUAGAAUACAGUAUCCUUUUCUCAUCCGAGUCCUUCCACAACCGGAGUCCUGCUGAAAACUGAUAUAAGAGUUGGGGAAUUUGGAUCAAUUCCAUCUCUAUUCAGAUUGUUGUGAUGUUGCUGCUUGGUGGGCGGGUCUUCCCCUGCUCCUCCCCUCCUGGUGCUGUGUGGGCGUGUUUGGCCCAGAGUUCCGAACCCAUGUUUCGGUCGGUGACUGAGACAGUCCUACCUCCUGACAACCAGCACAACCCCACCCAGCUGAACUAUGGGAUGGCCGUUACUGAUGUGGACGGAGACGGAGACCUGGAGGUGGUGGUGGCGGGGUACAACGGUCCUAACCUGGUCCUGAAGUAUGACCGUGGUCAGCAGAGGGUGGUGAACAUAGCGGUGGAUGAACGCAGCUCUCCAUUCUACGCUGAGAGACCCCCUGGGAACGCCAUCGGGGUGACUGCCUGCGACGUCGGGGACGGGCGGGAGGAGAUCUACUUCCUCAAUACAAACAACGCUUACUCUGGUCGGGCCACAUACUCUGACAAGCUCUUUAAGUUCCGUAACGGACGCUUCGAGGACCUGCUGGGUGAUGACAUCAACGUGCGCCGAGGAGUAGCCAAUCGGAUGGCAGGACGCUCCGGGUGUGUGGACAGAAAGUAUGGUACAGGGCGUUAUGCUGUGUAUGUAGCUAACUAUGCCAGUGGAAAUGUUGGUCCCCAUGCCCUGAUAGAGAUGGACGAGGCAGCCAGUGACCUGGCCAAGGGCAUCAUCGCCCUGUCUGACGUUGCAGCACAGGCCGGUGUCAACAAGUACACAGGUGGGCGUGGUGUAGUGGUUGGACCAAUCGUGAGCCAGAGCAGCUCUGACGUGUUCUGUGACAAUGAGAACGGACCUAACUUCCUGUUCCGGAACAAUGGAGACGGAACCUUCACUGACAUUGCUCAACAGGCAGGUGUGGAGGARSYCUACCAGCACGGCCGAGGCGUGGCGCUGGCAGACUUUAACGCUGAUGGGAAGACUGACAUCGUCUACGGAAACUGGAAUGGCCAGCACAGACUGUACCUACAGGACAACAACCAGAGAUUCAGGGACAUAGCCAGUGGGCCGUUCUCCUCUCCCUCUCCCGUGCGGACGGUCAUUGCUGCUGACUUUGACAAUGACCAGGAGCUGGACAUCUUCUUCAACAACAUCGCCUACAGAGGACACGCCCCCAACAGGCUCUUUAGGGUGUCCAGGAGGGCUGGUGCUGACCCCCAGAUAGAGGAGCUAAACGUGGGGGAGGCAGCAGAGCCACAGGGCCGGGGUACAGGUGCCACGGUAACAGACUUUGACGGGGACGGUCAGUUGGACCUGCUGGUGGCUCAUGGGGAGAGUGCCUCUCAGCCCAUCUCUGUCUUCAAGGUCACUCAGGGCUCGUCCAAUCAYUGGCUGCGUGUAAUCCCUCGCACVCGUUUCGGCUCCUUCGCCCGCGGGGCCCGGGUCACGGCCUACACCAAUCAGAGCGGGGCUCUCAUGCGCAUCAUCGACGGCGGCUCGGGGUACCUCUGUGAGAUGGAGCCUGUCGCCCACUUUGGACUGGGCAAGGACGAGGUCACCGUGGUGGAGGUCUAUUGGCCGGAUGGCCGUUCCGUGGCCCGCCCACUGCAGCCUGGUGACAUGAACUCUGUGAUGGAGAUUGGCUACCCUAAAGAGGGGGAGGAGUCUGUGCUGACCCCUGAYACCCAGUGUGGGGAAGGAUUCUCUGUCAAGAAUGGCCGCUGUGCAGGUAUGUAG